GGGACGAAAUAGCCACGUUGACAAAAACAUUCGUGGGGUUUAUUUUAAGUCUUUUUUCCCUGAAUGCCGGUAAUUAACGGGAACGUCGUCAGUUUGUGUCUGCUGUUGGAGUAGCAGCAGCGAUACUUAUUAGAAGGUCCGAGCGGCUGCUUCAUCCGGCGCCAUGAGUGUGGGCUUCAUUGGCGCGGGUCAGCUGGCUCACGCGCUGGUCAAAGGGUUCACAGCUGCAGGUGUGAUCGCCGCUCACAGGAUCACAGCCAGCUCUCCAGAGUCCGAGCUGCCCACCGUGUCGGCACUCAGGAAAAUGGGCGUGAACCUGACGACGAGUAACAAAGAGACGGUUCAGAAGAGCGACGUGCUUUUUCUGGCCGUGAAGCCACACAUCAUCCCCUUUGUUCUGGAUGAGGUGGGGCCGGACAUCGAGGACCAUCAUCUCAUCGUGUCGUGCGCUGCAGGCGUCACCAUCAGCUCCAUUGAGAAGAAGCUGCUUCAGUAUCGUCCAGCUCCUAAAGUCAUGAGGUGUAUGACCAACACGCCAGUGGUGGUGAGAGAGGGCGCCACCGUGUACGCCACGGGAACGCACGCCCAGGUGGAGGACAGCUCGCUGCUGGAGCAGCUGAUGGCCAGCGUGGGUUUCUGCACGGAGGUGGAGGAGGACCUGAUCGACGCCGUCACCGGCCUGAGCGGGAGCGGCCCCGCCUAUGCGUUCACGGCGUUGGACGCGCUUGCAGACGGUGGUGUGAAGAUGGGUCUGCCCCGGAGGCUCGCCAUCCGACUCGGCGCUCAGGCGCUGCUGGGUGCAGCUAAGAUGCUGCUGGACUCGGACCAGCAUCCCGGCCAGCUGAAGGACAAUGUGUGCUCACCAGGGGGCGCCACCAUCCACGCCCUGCAUGUCCUGGAGAGCGGCGGCUUCCGCAGCCUUUUGAUAAACGCUGUCGAGGCUUCGUGCAAACGGACAUGGGAGCUGCAGUUCCUGGCGGAUCAGGAGCAGAUCUCUCCGACAGCCAUCAAGAAAACAACCCUGGACAAAGUCCUGCAGCAGCCCGGCGUGGCUAACGCUAACGGCAGCACGGGACUCGGCCUGCUCAACGCUCGCGGCUCUGUCCUCAAAAAGAACUGAGUGCACACACACACACACACACUCAGGGGGGUGUUAAAAAAAAACCUCCACCCAGAUGAACUUUUCAAAUAAUUUGUCCGUAACAUGAAGGCAGCGCCGCGUACGACCAGAACAGGUGCAUUCUGGGUCUCAUGAUGCAGAAAUGCACAUUCGUCUGUAUGUUGACGUUGGGAUUUGACGUGGCGUCGUUUAAUGGUGAUGACCCUCAGUGCCAUCACAGGACACGUCACACUGCUAAAUACGAGGUCUGUCCAAAAAGUAUCAGACCUUUUUUAUUUUUUCAAAAACCAUAUGGAUUUGAAUCGUGUGCUUGCAUGAGCCAACCUUGA